GGGGCAGAGGGGGAUUGCAGCUGCUGUCCCACUCGGCGCUGCGGAGCCUGUGGCUGCUCAUGAUCUGGGCUCGCCUGGGAAGGUUUUUUUUUAAUUUUUAAAAAAAGGCCAGUCCUCCUGUAACACCUGAGCGGACCCGGCUGCACCGUCGGGGGGCUCUUGCACAGGAGAGACGCAGCGCAACGCGGGGCUGCAUGCAGAGAUGAAGCCCCGUCUGCUGGGCGGCGGCAGGACAACCAGGAGACUUCUGUCGGCGUGCCUGAUCUCGGCUUGCCAUGCCCUUCACAGCUGCGGGGGAGUCAAGUGCGUGGACGGCCACCAGUGCUGCCCGCAGCCCGGCCCCGGGAACGGCAGCUCCGGCCCCGCGGAGAGCUGCUGCAAGCUCCCCAUCCACGUCUUCUUCGACAACGUCGGCUGGUUUACGCGCAAGCUGUCGGGCAUCCUGAUCCUGCUGCUGCUCUUCGCCAUGGGCUACUUCAUCCAGAGGAUCAUCUGCCCCCGGCCCCGCAACCGGCACCAGAACCAGGAGCACGGCGAGGAGCCGUCCCUCUUCCACGGACCCACGUCGGCGUCCCAGGAUUUCCUCCUGGAGCCCUACCCGGAGUGCACCCUCGGGGACUUCGCCUCUCCGAACCUGCCGGCCUACGACGAGGUCAAAUACCUGCCCACGUACGAGGAGAGCAUGCAGGAGACGCACAGGAACCGGUCCGACGAUAACCUGUUGUCCGGCGGCGAGAGGGGACCCACGGAACCGGCGGGGUCCGGAGAGCCGGGGCGGGAUCUCCUGGGAGUGAGCCCGGCAAGGACAGCUCGGAACUCAGUCUGAUGGGGGGGAGCAGGGACCGGACAAUGGACAGCCUGAUAGUAUUACUAAUUUCUCAUAAUCAUCAUCAUCAUUAUGGGUGGGGGGUGGGGGGGGCGAAGGGGGUCCUGCAGAGAUACAAACUCAAGUGCAAUUAUAAUCCUGAUUGUGAAGAAUAAAGGAGGAGGCUGAGAAUGUAAACGUGUUUUGGGAGAUAAUGCGUGUCUGCUCGCCUUUAUAUGCAAACAGCGCCUCAGUAAAGGGGAUUAGAGAGUGAGCAGAAGGCGCCUCAAACUGAGGCUCAUUGUGUUGAGCGACAGCUAAUUCGGCUGCGGGACAAUCACGUUAAGUUUUAGUGGCACCAUGAAAAACACAUCUCUUCUUCCAAAAUGUGACCCCUUCAUUUUAUAAACUCUUUGGUUUGCUUUCUUCUUCUUUUUCUUUUUUUAUUGCAUCCAAAUCGUACAGUUCCUUCCCAGAAACAUGAAUCAGGACUGAAAUAAGGGAUCCAUUUCAACUCUACUCCCCCUAUAGAGCCAGUCAAAUUAUGUCUCAUCAGCAUGAAAGCGAUAUUCUAUUCAUAUUCACAUGGUAGCUCAUAGAUAAGCGUUUUACUGGUAAUCUGAACCAUGUUUCAUACGUUUGUCGCCAGAUAAGACGCGACAGCAAAGUAAAAAAUAAAUAAAAAAAAGCUCAGAUCCGGCAGCAUUUGUAGCCUGGAGUUGCAUGAAUUCAGGGAAAACAAUGGCAGAUGUGUUGCAGCACGCAUGCUGAUAUGGUGCAUGUUGGCAAGAAAUAUGAAAUGUGGAAAGGGCUCGCAAAAAAAACUUGCAAACAGAUCUAAGAUUGUGGGGGCAUUUCCAUAAUUUAGAUUAUCACCCAAAAGCUCAUUUAUUUCGAGGAUUCAAACCAAUAAAAGUCACUGUUAUGUAGGAAACAGAGCCGUUACAUACAAAGUAAUACAUUUCAGGUGAUUCUGAUUAUUAUGGCUUGACAAAAAAUGAAACUCCAUAGUUUCUAAAAAGGGUUUUUUUAUCACAGAAAUUUCCUGUGGUGGCCAAUAAAAAAUAAAUAAGACAGUGUCAAGCUGACAGCCUUCUUUAGGCAGGUAAAAUACAAAAUACUAUAGUUAAAGACGUUAUCUGUUCACAGAUUGCUGAAUCCAAUCUGAUUAGUAGAAAAUUAAGUGGAAGGAAAAAACCGCAGCAGAAAAAAAAGCACUUUUUCCCGAUAAAAGGGGAUUUUAUGUUACAUUUGGAAAUCAGGGUUCCACGGUCUGGAGGAAGAGCGGAGAGACACAAGAUGCUGUAGAUCCAGAGUGAACUUCCCACAGGCAGUAAUGAUUUGUGGCGCCGUUACCGUCUGCUGGUGUUGGUCCACUGCGUUUUAUCGAGUCCAAAGUUCUCAUCAUAUAUGAGUUUAACUAUUUGAAUUGAUUACAGAAAUAAAAAUAAAACUUUUAAAUGACACUAAUUUACUCAGAUGCAACUUUUGAUUGCUCAGGAGAAGGUUAGGGAAAAGAAGAAACAUUGAAAAUGGAGGUAGGCAGAAAGGAGACCACGUUGUUCAGCAAAUCUGACCGAAGAUACAAGCAGAGAAAGUCUUCAUAUGCGCAUGUACGCUGAUCAUGAGUGACAACUGUCUUAACACUGUUUUUUUUGUUUGUUUGUUUGUUUGUUUGGAUGUGACAAUCCAAAUUCAAGUGGUGCAUGAAAGAUUACUUGACUCUAUAGCCUGACUUUUCUGAAAAAGGAAGCAACCCUCCUUUAUAUGUAACUCGUUACCUUUACAACGGCAUGCCAGGGUCAGUUUUUGCUAUGUCAUUUUGGGUUUUCAAUCGAGAUGCAUUCCUAAAAACAAGCUUUCACACUCACGUGCCUCUGGUGAGAUCACAUAAGGCAACUGAUCAGAUUUAUUUAUUUUGACUUUUUCUUGAUUUUUAUUAGCAGUUCCCCCCAUGUUUCCUGUAAGGAUUUUAGGGAUGUCUGUCGACAAUAAAACACAUGGAACCAGUUUUCGGUUUUGCCCCCGUCCCGAGCAAAAGCUUCUCUGAGCACAUCCUUUGUCCUCAGACCUUUUUAAAAAAAAACACAAAUUUUCUGUCAGGUUACGUUCUGAACUCUGGGUCCAUUCCAAAGCUAAGAUUUUCCCUCCGUCAAGUCAUUUCGUCGACGAUUGCGAUGCAUAUUUGGACUCAGCGUGAUGCUGAAAAGAAGAAAUCUCUUAAUUAAAAAAAAAAAA